AUGGGUUCUGACUACGAGCAAACAGCAGUUGCAUCUGAAAUUCCCACAAGAAGACAUGUCAAUUCUUUAUCACAAUCCGACGAUUCACCAGUACCAGUUGCAACACAAAAACCCCCACAACCAUUAGAUUAUCUUAUUUGGUCUAGUUUACUAACAGCGUUCAGCAUAUUCAUUUGUGGCUUUGUUAUUACGAUAAUUCUGAUCGCUGCUUACAAAGCAAUGUGA